CUCAACCAAUGCCGGCCCUUCCCGCUCAAUGACUUCAUCUUGGGCGACCAACAAUGACAUCACCUCGCUCCCCAUAUAAAUCCUAUAACUCAUAACCCAUAACUACCUAGUACUAUCUAGCACUUACAACCAGACCACAAUCUACAACCACCACCACCACCACCACUACAUCAAAAAUGCCAUCAACAACCACCCCCGACCCCUCUCACGAACAACGCACCCACGAACCCCACCCGACACCCCCCGAAAACUACACACCCGACCCCACUGCCUCCCUCCCCCUCCCACCCUCCCGCGCCGCCAUCCACCGCCACAUCCUCAACCUCUACGGCGGCAGCGCCUCCGAAGCCGACAUGCAGGUCUACGCCCCGCGCGCCAUCUACGACGACCCCUUCAGCUACUGCGACACGCGCCACAAGAUCGCCGGCCAGUGGUAUGGGAUCCCGAAGCUGUUCGCCCACUCCGAGACGCUGGCGACGGAGGUGGUCGCCAACGAGGCCGAUACGAUGGUCUGGAAGCAGCGCCAGCGGUAUACCUUUGCCGGGGUGCAUGUGACUAAGACGGUGGAUAGUUUGGUGAGUUUGCGGUUGGAGAAGGUUCCUCCUGGCGAUGGUGGUGGGGAGGAGGAGGCGGCGACGGAGAAGGUGGUGUAUCAUAAGGAUAUGUGGAAUGAGAGGGAUUAUAGUCAUGAGGGAUUUGGGGCGUGGUUUAAGAAGUUGAAUGGGUGUGUUUUUUCUCUUGUUGCCCCUGGGGUAGGUAGGUAGUCGUGCUAAUGCUGGGUGUAGGGAUAAGUUGACGCAUGUUACGAAGCCGCCGGAGGAGGUUUGACCAGAGUUGAGUUGCUCGGCAGGAAAGGAUGGGUUGGUGUUUAUGCUUGUUUGGGGUUUUAGACAGGAGUAUCGUCUUUAAUGGGUAACUACAUGUUGACAAGACUGGCAGUAUGAGGGAGUCAGUCAGUGGUCGAAUGUGAGCAGCUUCAGAUAACAUCCUGAAGGGUAGAUACAAAAAAUGACAAGAG